AUGACCAAAAAUAACCUUAGCAACUGUCUGUCCUGGCUGCUCCAGAAUCCGCACUCUUUUGGUUCCCAUGCACAUAUUUCUACAGUUGUUGUUGAUGCCGGGACUGAAGCAUACGAUGAGCCUGAGACUUCCCAUAAUGAGAUGGCAAGACUCCAAUUGGCGCCCCAAACAAAAUCGAGAUCAAGGUUACUAGGGCAAGCAUACGAGACGAAGGAAUUGCCAACACCUAAUCCAACACGAACUUCAAGCGACUACAAGUUGACACCCUCCUCGUCACGGCCACGAAAGGCAGACACGCCCUCGGCGUCACAUCGACCUCCUCCCGCACGAACUCCAACAACCACUUUUGAUGACAUCGAGUUUGACGACGGUACUGACAUUUUCGAUAUCGAUGAGAUCGACCUUACUGCUGGAGGCGACUUGACCACCUCCUCCUUCGGUGAAUUCGGCACUCCAACAAAGUUAUGGAGGGAAGACUCUGCCACACGUCCAGAGCCGCUGCCGAAGAAGAAAGGGAAAAAGCGGAAGAGCGAGGAAUACGAGGCUGAUCUGCGUUCGCCUCGCUCGGUCCGCUGCAAGACUCCGCGCAAAAACAAACACAUUCAAGCUGAGACCAACUCGUUUCGUGGCAGCCAGGCUCGACGGGGAGAGUCCAGUUCGAAGAAUCCUCGUAGACAGGAUAUCGCUCCCGUCUUUGAGAAAGAGGAGUUGCUCGGAUCCGAUCUCGGGGCGUUCCACGAUGCCGAGCAAUUACCUAUGCCUACCAAGCAUAGGUUUAAGCCGUCCCCUUCCCCCGUUAUUGCUGGACCAAAUCGGACACGCAGCCCGCGGAAAACCGUCCCGGAUUCUGAUGAUGAGGAUGACAUCGACCUUCCUUCGAAGCGUGUUCUCCGCGCAGUUGCCAUGGAACCCCAAGGAAAACAUUGGCGGGAUGUUGCACAUUCGCCCUUACAACCUCGUCUAAGUGGCAAGAUGUCCCAGACACCGCCGAAGCCAGAUCCAAGACACAGAGCUGAAUCUCCUUUGAAAGCUUCGCAGACUUUGAAAAAUGACUCGCACCAGUCCCACCUACAGCCACCUCAGAGCAGUGCUUCGAGCAAUGGGCCACACUGCGCACUUACAGAGGAGCAAAAGCAUAUUGUUCGCCGAUUUGUUGAAGAUGGUUUAGCUCAAUGUCAAGGGCUGCUCCAAAGGCUCGAAAAAUCAAAGAAGACUACUAACACUAGGAUCGCUGAUACAAUGUGUGAAACCGACGUGGUUCCAUAUCAGUUGACUGAAAAUCUGAAGUCUACUGAGACAAAAAUUGUAACGGUCAAGCAAUUGAUCGAGGAGCACGCUUCUCUGUCCGCUGCCUGCAACAAACGUGCACGAAUGCUUCAGGAGCGUAGAGAUCUUGAAGCCGCCGGGCAUGAGAUUGACCCAACAGACCCGGAUAACAAAAUUAUGGCAAUCUGCUCAAAUAUCCGACGAGCGAAACUUGAUAUCGAUGCUCGAGAAGCGGCAGUAUUCAAUCUGCUUCAACAGGCUGGCGUUUCAACCAAUAGCAGUCUGACUGAAGGUCAUAACGAGAGGCAAAUUUUGGUUGCAUCAACGCAAAGAAUGUUGAUGUAUGAUGAAAGGCUGGAUGAGCAUCAACCUGAGGACGAGUACGGUAAUUUGAGCACGCAAUCAGCUGUUCAAACGCCUCUCGCGAAUGGCCUCGGUUCGCUGAACAGCAGAAAUCCGGGGAUUCGUUCUGGGCUAUCAAUUAAACGGCAUGCACUGGAGCUGUCACCCGCCACCAGGAUGCCUCGACAAACCAACCAAAUACUAGCAUCUACUUCAAGAGUGGAAGAGUCGCCAAGCAGGGACCUCAGUCGCAACUUCCAUACUGCUGCUUCUCGAAAUUAUUCACGCUCGAUGGGCUCUCCGAUCCGAGACUUCGUUUUUGAUAACGACGAAUUCGAAUACGAUGAAGAUGACGAGGAAUUGUUGAAAGUAACUGAAGCCCUCGAAAAAGGACAACAUGGUGUUAGGAAUUCCAGAGCCCCAACAGAGCGACCACCGUUGAGCGUAAUUAACGAUAAUCUCCAGCGAGUUUCUCCGAAGAAGCGGAGCUCCACUCAAACGACAUCAUUGUCGGCUUUGAUGCAAUAUCCAUGGUCAAAGGAUGUUUCCUCGACGUUGAAGAAGAAAUUCCAUCUUCAAGGCUUUCGUAUGAACCAAUUAGAAGCGAUCAAUGCAACCCUUAGCGGUGAAGACGCUUUUGUUCUGAUGCCUACGGGAGGAGGCAAAUCUUUGUGCUACCAGCUUCCCUCGGUUGUGCAAAGUGGUCGAACUCGAGGGGUGACAAUCGUUGUUUCCCCAUUGCUUAGUCUUAUGCAGGACCAGGUUGACCAUCUGCAGAAAUUGCACAUCCAAGCUUUUUUAGUGAACGGCGAGACAACGCCGGAGCACCGAAAGUUCGUGCUUCAAGCAUUGAAGGACUCUGAACCCCAGAAAUUUAUCAAACUGCUCUAUGUCACUCCGGAAAUGCUCAAUAAAAGCACAAUCAUGAUAAAGGCCUUUGAAAAUCUCUACAAUCGUGGGCUCCUAGCCAGGAUUGUCAUCGAUGAAGCCCAUUGUGUCAGUCAGUGGGGUCACGAUUUCCGUCCAGACUACAAAGCGCUUGGAGAAAUUCGCAAGCAAUUCAAGAACGUUCCAGUCAUGGCACUGACAGCUACAGCUACUGAAAACGUCAAAUUUGAUGUAAUGCACAAUCUUGGAAUGGACAACUCGAAAGUAUUUGAUCAAAGCUUCAAUCGACCAAAUUUGAGCUACGAAGUGAGAGCCAAAGGCACUAAUCAGGAAGUGCUCGAAAAUAUCGCACAGAUCAUCAGGUCAUCCUUCCAUGGACAGGCUGGAAUCAUUUACUGUCUGGCAAGAAAAACCUGUGAAACUGUGGCCGAAGCAUUGAGGGAUAAAUAUCAGAUCGACGCCGAACAUUACCAUGCUGCCAUGACUCCCAGUGAAAGAGUAGAGGUCCAGAAGUCCUGGCAAGCGGGGGAGGUCAAGAUCAUUGUCGCCACAAUUGCCUUUGGGAUGGGCAUUGACAAGCCUGAUGUUCGAUUCGUCAUCCAUCACUCAAUCCCCAAAAGCUUAGAAGGUUACUAUCAAGAGACAGGACGAGCUGGUCGAGAUGGUAAAAGAUCAGAGUGUAUCUUGUUCUACGGGUACCGCGAUGCCACAACACUCAAGCGCAUGAUUAAUGACGGUGACGGUGACUGGGAACAGAAGGAGCGCCAGAAGCAAUUGCUGCGGAAUGUCAUUCAAUUCUGCGAGAACCGCAGUGAUUGCCGCAGAGUUCAGGUUCUAGCCUAUUUCAAUGAACAUUUCAACCGAGAAGACUGCCAGGAUGAAUGCGACAAUUGCAGGUCUUCCAGCAGAUUUGAGACACACGAUUUCUCAGAGCAUGCUAGAAAUGCCAUACAGCUUGUGCGACAAGUGGCGCGUCAAGAGGUGACAUUACUUCACUGCGUCGACGUUUACCGUGGUGCGAAAAACAAGAAAAUUAGCGACAUGAAGCAUGACCAUCUUGGCCAAUAUGGUUUAGGGCAAAAUCUGGGAAGGGGAGACGUGGAACGCCUGUUCUACCGGCUCAUCGCUGAGGACGCGUUUGACCAGUUCAACAAAGUACACCACGGAAACUUUCCAACCCAAUACCUCAUCCUAGGGCCGAAAGCUCGUGACUUUGAGUUGGCGUCCCGGCCUCUUGAUAUGGAGGUCCUUGUGUCUCCUGCUGUGAAAGUAAAACCCAAGGCUGCUCCCCGAAAAGCUCGCAAGAAGGCCGGUGCUACUGGCGUCAAAGCAACGUUGGAUGAAUAUCCUGCAUCCACAAAUGUGUCAUCCCCAAUACAGGCUCGAUCGAAGCGGAAAGCCGUUCGCCCGGCUCAGUUCCUUGAAUCGUCCGACGACGAUGAAGAGGAUCAGGAAAGCGAUGGAUUCGCGCCUGUCAAGGAGUACGGGGUUCCGAGCAUCCAGAAGAAAUCCAGAAUGGGACCUCCCAUCACCAAGGAUCGGAUAUUAGCCAAAUUGGACGAUGCUCAUAAGCAUGUACUAGGAAUUUUCAUGGAGGAAGCUCGCAACGCGGUACAAGCCAUCAUGAACCGUAACAGCCUUCAGCAACGACAGGUGACUAAUUCGCUGUUGAGAGAAAUUGGGAUACAGUUCCCUAUGACUGAGGAGGAACUCAUCCGUAUCACUAAAUUGAAUGCGGAAACAUACAAGCUCUUCGGUCCGACACUACUGCGUCUUGUCCAAAGCGCCCGCGAAAAUUACGAAGCCAUCAUGGCAGCUCAAGGAGAUGAUCUAGACCCCAAUCAGGAAGCAAGCGAGGAUGAGUAUAGAGAACGAGAUCUGGACCCAAACCACAACAUAGUGGUUGAGAUCAGUGAUGAUGACGAAGACAAUCGCGAUUUUUCACCAAGUGAUAACGAUCUUGACGAAACUGAGAGCAGUCACUACUUUAGCGUACCCGACGACGUCAAUCAGUUCAACAACAAGAGUAAGUUCUAG